AUGAAAAGCGAAAUAAAAACAACAAAACAAAGAAUACUAUCAUUAGUGUCCAGUAGCUUUCUCAUACUGAUAAUAACCUCGCUGGACUUCCUUUCCUUCGGGGCAAAGCUACUGAACCCCGAGAAGAGCCACAGCAGAAGUGUUCGAAAUGUGAGUGCAGUUAUGUUCCUUUACUCGACAAUAGGCGCACAGUUUAUCUUUGGACUGUUUAGUGGCCUUGGCGGAGUGUGCGCAGGUGCCAUCUUUGAGGCGCAGAGGGACACCCGCAAGAUACACGAGGUGUGCUUCAGGCUAUCUGACUCCUUCGGAGAGGAGAUCUUUACCACAUAUGUUUGCAUCUUCCUUAGUACUGCUUUGUAUGCAUUCUUCUCUUACAUUCUCAAAGUAUUCAGAAUUGGAAAUUACCUCCGAUACAUCCCGAUACCUGCCCUCUAUGGAGUUAUGGUAUCCAUAGGAAUGAUGUCUGUGGAGUGCGGAUACGAGGAGACAUACUCGAUAACAUGGAAGCACGUCCACGCUUGCUUUGCGGUAACCAUAUGUCUUGCGCUUUUGGCCCUAGUCCUGGACAUUGUCUUUCCUGCAUACUUCUUGAUGAUUCCCAUGUUUUCCUUUACCGUCUUUGUGGCAUUCUAUGGUGUGUUUAUGAUUGCAGGAAAGGACGUCGAAUGGAUGAGGUCUGUCAACUUGGUUCCAAAGACCGAAGGAAUCAGCCUCGACCCCCUUGAAGUCAUGCGACAUUUCCGGGUCGAAAACAUAAGGAUGGAGGCGGUCUGGGCGAACUGGUGGAACAUCCUUGGGCUGUCUCUAUUCAACCUGGUCCAUAUUGCCGUGAACAUACCAAGCUUUGUCGAGUCUCUUGGGAUGAAGGCAGCAGAUCUGAACAAGGAGUUGGGUGUCCAGUCGAUCGGGAAUGCCGCGUCUGCGUUCCUUGGAUACCCGACCUACUUCAUCUGCUCGACGUCUAUCUACUUCAAUAAGUCUGGAGGGAGAACCAGGAUCCAUUCGCUGGCGGGGGUUGCAGCGAUAUCCUCCCUGCUGGUUAUCGGAAAGCCGAUAAGAGAAAGCAUUCCCGUGAUUCUUUCUGCAACAAUCCCCAUGUUCAUAGGAUUUGGCUUUCUGUACUCAUAUCUCUGGCUCCCCAUGUUCAAGCUGUCAUGGAUGGAUCUCUUGACGUUGGUGACGUCUGCCCUUGUGUCCUGGUAUCUAACACCCAUAUGUGGGCUGGUGUUUGGGAUUGCUCUAAACUCCUUCUACAUUAUUGUGCAGCGCCUGAGCACCAGACUCGGCGAUGCAAAGGCAGAGCUUGAGCCCAAUGAAACGGUAGGACUACCUGAUGGAAUGGGCAGAAAGGAGACGUACAGAGUGGUAGAUGUUGCUCCAAUGGUUUUAUUUGGAGAUCUCUGCGAGUCUGCAAAGGCAAUGAAGGGACUCUACAAAGAGAACAUUCUCUUUGACCUCAGAAGAUGCGGACACUUCGGCGCAAAUGCAAACAUGGCGCUUGAGGAUAUGAUUGAAACAAUAGCAGGCAACGGAUACAAGACCUUGAUAGUGGGCAGUCCAACAAACCUGUACACUCAUUUAUUUAGCAGAUAUAUGAUUGAUCUGCAGUGA